AUGGCGGAUGUAGAGAUGGCCGACGCCGCACCGGCAGGAGACGACAAGAAGAAGGUGGUGCCCAAGACCGCGAAGGCUGCGGCUGCAGAUGGCGCGGUAGACAACAAGAAGAAGUUUGAGGUGAAGAAGUGGAACGCAGUGGCUCUAUGGGCUUGGGACAUUGUCGUUGACAACUGCGCCAUCUGCCGGAACCACAUCAUGGACCUCUGUAUCGAAUGUCAAGCCAACCAGGGCGCCGCAACUACGGAAGAAUGCACAGUCGCUUGGGGUAUUUGCAACCAUGCAUUUCACUUUCACUGCAUUUCCAGAUGGCUCAAGACCCGACAAGUCUGUCCGCUCGACAAUCGCGACUGGGAGUUCCAGAAAUACGGUCGUUAG